AUGCUUAAAAUAUCUGUUGAAGAACUUUGGCAUCUAGAACUUGAACAAUUACGUAAUCAUGAAUCAAUAUCAUCAUAUUCAUCGAAUAUUCAAUUUGAUUUACAAGUUCCAUCCACUUAUACUUGUCGUGCAGUAUUACCAAUGGCUAGUGAAAUACAAUGUUCAAAAAAUGACAUUAUUUCUAGUGUUAAUUCAUCAUUUAUUCUUCAACCAAGUCCAACAGCUAGUAAUCAUGAAAUUAUAUCGAACAAAAUGAGAAUAAAAGAUAAAAUAUUUCAAUCGAUAUCUCAGAAAUCGAAGUUCAUAGAUACGUUUCAUUUAAAAAGUAAAAAACAAAAACGACAUGAAUUCAAUGAUAAUAUUAUAAAAUUUUGGACAAAAAAAGCAUUACUACAUCUAAAAUUUCAAUGUUCACAACACAUGCAUUGA